GCCAAUCAGACAUAUAUCUAAUCACGGCCUUCUUGCGUAGUUCAGUGUGCGUGCAUCUGGUCGUUUGGAAACCCUCUGGAGUUUUUUUCUCUCUUCGCGACCCCAACUCCCCGAUGCAGUUGACAGAACACAACCCACUUUAGUCGGCAGUUGACACGCCAAUAUUGCGGUGGAGCUUAAUACAAACAGGAAGUAAUAGACGAUCGUGUUCACGUGCGUGUGUACAGGUAACACAGCUCAACCCCGGAUCGUUGGAUUUGUAUGAGACAAGCUGGGGAUGGAUUUGUUCGAGUUGAGAGCAAGACAAAUAUUGGCGUGAAAAGAGGAGGCGCAUCGACAUCUCUCAAUGUGCCCUCAUUCUGCCUUGUUUGGCGGUGCGUGAAAAGCCUGUCGACUCGACUCAAGAACCUGGCAGUGUGUGCCGGGUACACAUUGAAGUUUACACAGAGCAGCACGGCACUUGUCAAUUUGGGAAAGCCGGAUUCACACCUUAUGGUCAGCACUCAACGCUGGCAGUAUUUGUAAUUAACAGACAGAGCUGCAGCCGCAAACUUCGAAGUUUCAAACGUUAAAAUAAGAUUACUGAUUCCCUGUGGAUUUUAUUUCAGUUACAUUAUCAGACACACCGGUUAAACCGGCAUUGGUUUUACGAAAAUGCAUUUUGCUGUUAGAUUUCGGUAUUUGUUGGCGGUGAUGUUGAGUGGGAUGUGGUGUGCCAGAUCGGACGCGCAGAAUUUGAACAUGUUCGCGGCUCAACAGAAUCAGCCCGACCCGUGUUACAGCGAGCCAGGCGGUCAGCCCCGGCGCUGCGUUCCCGAUUUCGUCAACGCUGCGUUUGGGGUUCCCGUGGAGGCGUCAAGCACCUGUGGAACGCCGCCCAGUCGGUUCUGCGCAUUGUCAAGCGGGGAUGAAGGUGAGCGACAGCGGAACUGCUUCGUGUGCGACGCCAAUCAGCCCAAGAGGAGACAUCCUCCGGAGUUUCUUACCGACUUGCACAACCCCAAUAACCUGACGUGUUGGCAGUCGGAGCCCUUCACCUCCAACCCUCACAACGUCACUUUGCACCUAGCGCUGGAGAAGUUGUACGAGCUCACCUACAUCUCCUUGGAAUUCUGCUCUCUGCGUCCGGACUCCCUGUCCGUCCUCAAGUCGCAGGAUUACGGCAAGACGUGGCAGCCGUAUCACUACUACUCCAGCCAGUGCCGAAAGGUCUACGGGAAGACCAAGAAUGCAGCGAUUACAAAGCAGAACGAGCAGGAGGCCAUCUGUAGCGACAUCCAGAGCCCCGACCUGACGUCGGUAGCGGCGGCCGGUUCACGGGUCGCCUUCAGCACCUUGGAAGGUCGCCCCUCCGCCUUCGAUUUCGACAACAGCCCGGUCCUGCAGGACUGGGUGACAGCCACGGAUAUCAAGGUGAUCUUCAACCGUUUGCCAUCGCUGGGAGACGAGGAGUUAGACGACUCCAUCCGAGAGAGCUACUAUUACGCCGUGUCCGACUUCUCCGUCGGUGGCCGGUGCAAGUGCAACGGGCACGCGUCUCGGUGCAUCAAAGACCGGGACGGGAAUCGUGUCUGCGACUGCAAACACAACACAGCGGGAGCAGAGUGUGAGAUGUGCAAGCCGUUCCAUUACGACAGACCCUGGGCACGGGCAACCACCAAAGAAGCCAAUGAAUGUGUCCCCUGCAACUGCAACCUGCACGCUCGCAAGUGCCGCUUCAACAUGGAGCUGUACAAGCUGUCUGGACGCAAGAGCGGCGGGGUCUGCCUGAACUGCAGGCACAACACGGCGGGACGCUACUGCCACUACUGCAAGGAGGGGUUCUACAGAGACGAAGCCAAGCCCGUCACGCAUCGCAAGGCUUGCAAAGCUUGUAACUGCCACCCUGUGGGAUCAUCUGGCACGGUCUGCAACCAGACCACAGGCCAGUGUCCCUGCAAAGACGGCGUGACCGGACUAACAUGUAACCGGUGCGCCAAGGGCUACCAGCAGAGCCGAUCCACUGUUGCACCCUGCAUAACUACUGUUGUGCCAAACCUAGAUGGACAGGAUCUUGAGUGGGGUCGUACUGAGUCCUUAAAGACUGAUUUGCCUGUGCGUGCUAUUGUGGUUGACAUUGUCUUGGUUUUGUAG